AACUUGUGUAACACCCAAUCAAUAAGUCAUAUUAUUUUAUUGGCGUGUUGAACAUCUUAUGGAAGGGAAGGGAUUCUUGUCCCGCCUCUUUCUCUGGCCGUGAGGUUGUCAUCUCACAGUAGCUUCUGGAACCUCAUGGUAGCACGAUGGAGAAAGUAGCAGAAUUGAAAGAUAAGGGCAACAAGGCACUGAGCGGAGGGAAGAUUGAUGAGGCUGUCCGCUGCUACACCGAGGCCGUUGCCCUUGACCCCUCCAACCACGUCCUCUACAGCAACCGCUCCGCGGCUUACGCCAAGAAGGGUGACUACGAGAGUGCCCUGAAGGAUGCCUCCAAGACCAUUCAGAUCAAGCCUGACUGGGGCAAAGGCUAUUCUCGAAAGGCUGCUGCCCUGGAGUUCCUUAAGCGAUUUGAAGAGGCCAAAGUGACCUAUCAAGAGGGACUGAAGCAUGAGCCGUCCAAUCAGCAGCUGAAGGAGGGACUCCAGAAUAUGGAGGCACGGUUAGCAGAGAAGAAGAUGAUGAACCCCUUUGCCAUACCCAACCUGUACGAGAAGCUGGAGAGUGACCCUCGAACCCGCGCCCUGCUCGCUGAGCCCGGGUACAGGGAGCUGCUGGAGCAGCUACGGAACCGGCCUUCCGACCUGGCCACAAAGCUGCAGGAUCCUCGUGUGAUGACCACUCUGUCGGUCCUGCUGGGCUUCGACCUGGCUGGGCCCGAUGAUGAGGACGAUGAGCUUGCCCCACCCCCGGCCCCGAAGCCCAAGCCCCAGACGGCCCCUCCCAAAGAAGAGAACCUUCCGGAGAAUAAGAAACAGGCCCUGAAGGAGAAGGAGCUGGGCAACGAGGCCUACAAAAAGAAGGACUUUCCUGCUGCACUGAAGCAUUACGAGGCCGCACUGCAGCACGAUCCCACCAACAUGACCUACCUGUCCAACCAAGCAGCUGUGUUUUUUGAGAAAGGGGAGUUUGACAAGUGCCGGGAGCUGUGCGAGAAAGCCAUCGAUCUGGGCCGGGAGAACCGAGAGGACUACCGACAGAUAGCCAAGGCCUAUGCCAGGAUUGGAAACUCCUACUUCAAGGAGGAGAAGUUCACGGAGGCCGUACAGUUCUUUAACAAGAGCCUGACCGAGCACCGCACCCCAGACGUCCUUAAAAAGUGCCAGCAGGCAGAGAAGAUCGUGAAGGAGCAGGAGAAGCUAGCUUAUGUCAACCCUGAAAUGGCCCUGGAAGAGAAGAACAAGGGCAACGAGGCCUUCCAGAAAGGUGACUAUCCCCUCGCCAUGAAACAUUACAGCGAAGCCAUCAAGCGAAAUCCCCACGAUGCCAAAUUGUUCAGCAACCGGGCGGCCUGCUACACCAAGCUGGCAGAGUUUCAGCUGGCUCUCAAGGACUGUGAAGAAUGUAUUAGAAUUGAACCAACCUUCAUUAAGGGCUACACCCGUAAGGCCGCUGCUCUGGAGGCCAUGAAGGAUUUCAGCAAAGCCAUGGACGUCUACCAGAAAGCCCUCGAGUUCGACUCCAACUCCAAGGAGGCCACAGAAGGCCUGCAGCGGUGCUUGGUGAGCCAGGCGGUGCGGAACGACAGUCCGGAGGACGUGAAGCGGAGGGCCAUGUCCGACCCCGAGGUGCAGCAGAUCAUGAGCGACCCGGCCAUGCGCCUCAUUCUGGAGCAGAUGCAGAAGGACCCGCAGGCACUCAGCGAUCACUUGAAGAACCCGGUCAUUGCCCAGAAGAUCCAGAAGCUCAUCGACGUGGGCCUGAUAGCCAUCCGGUGAUCAGAGCCAGGCCAAGGGAAAGAGCACAAGACUGGAGCAAGACGACCAUUCCCCCAUCUCUCUUCCCCCCCCCCCCCCCCCCAUCAGUCCCAGACCAUCUCCAACACGCACCAAAACCUCAGCUCUAAGGGGGCCACCAAGCCGCGGGAGACUUAGAAAUCUACCCCCUCUAAAACGGUUUCUCAAAAUGCAUGCUUCGCUGUGUCCGAUCAGGGGUAAAUUUGUUCUGUGACAUUAAACAAGUCCUGAGAACGAAUCUCUGAGCCUAACAUUUCAGUUUGUUAAAUAAAUCAUCGACUGUGAGAUUAGGUUUGGGUGGAGGUUCUGACGUGAAUGCAGAGCUCCUACAGUGCUGCGUUCGCACUGUAGUUACUUUGCUGAGUGAUUUCUAGCGCCAAUUUAACGCUAAUGUUACCCUUAUUUCUUCAGCGCCCCCAGUUCUAGAUUUCUGCCACAUAUUCUUGCUUUCAGAAAGGAGCUGGCUUUCUAUCGGAGUUACUUCCCCGUGUCUCUCAUAGUUGGGUGCCUGGAACUGUGAUUUGAGGACAAAAAAGGGAAAAGAAAGCACACAGUAUUAUGUUUAGCCUGUCAGUGCUACAUUUUAAUUGGCUAGCCCUAAAAUAUAAAGUGAAACCACAAGCGUUUUGAGACUCCUUCACUUCUGAGGCCCUAGUCUGACACGUGCAACCUGCUCCUCCUACACGAUGCCAUGAUUUACCCCUGACCUAGUCUCUCCGCGCACUUAAACUCUGCAGGCCUCUCAUUCAUUUGAAUGUAUUUAUUCGUAUAUAAUAGCAGUAUAUAAAUGGGUCUGUAACCGAUUGUAACCGUUACUCCAACACGGGGCUCUACUGGUUGAUGUGGGCGUAGCUGUUGAGCGGCCUGUAGGUGGAAGUGGACAGUGGUCACCGCCAUUGGUCAGAAGUGUUGUUUUGAGGGGUACUGCAGAUGAAGUUGGGCCUGGGGUUUUCAAUAAAAAGGCUUAUUCGUUUUCA